UUUCCAUACAGAAGCUAUAUAAUCGAAAUGGCCCAACUAGGAUCUCGCCCAACCGCUCCCCACGAGCUCAGCGCCAACACUAAUACUAUUGAUAUCAAGCUCUUCCCCGACGGCCUCAAGACAACCGGUCAGCAUGCCCCGCUCCCAGAAUUCGUGCGUCCCUUCGACAAGUUCCCGCGUCAAAUCACCGGUCCUACUGUCUGGCAGGCCGACGAGUAUACAACGCAGCCGGAGAAAUGGACUCACCGCUUUACGUCUGCUGAAAUCGACGAAUUGAGUGCCACCGCAGACCAAUUCAUUGCAGCGGGGACGCCUCUAACCGGCAUUUCCCAGGCCAACUUCCCCCUCCCCCACCUCGGUGCCUUCCUGCGCCACAUGCGCGACGAUCUGCUCAAUGGCAAGGGCUUCAUCCUGUUCAAGGGCCUGCCCGUGACGGCGUGGGGGAACCACAAGUCGGCGGUGGCAUACAUGGGCCUAGGCACGUAUCUCGGCUACUUUGUCAGCCAGAACAGUCGCGGCCAUGUGCUCGGCCACGUCAAGGAUCUGGGCGAGGACUCGACGCAGAUUGACAAAGUGCGAAUCUAUCGAACGAAUGCUCGGCAAUUCUUCCACGCCGACGACUCCGAUAUCGUCGGAUUAUUGUGCAUCGCUCGCGCACUUGAAGGAGGUGAAUCAGACCUCGUCUCGACGCACUCCAUCUACAACACCCUCGCUGCCGAGCGCCCGGACGUGCUCAAGACCCUGACGCAGCCGAUCUGGUACUUUGACCGCAAGGGGGAGACGUCGCGCGGGCAGGAGGAGUACAUUCGGACGAGCGUAAUGUAUCUCGAACGGGGGGACAAUCCGCGCGUUUACACCAAGUGGGACCCAUACUACGUCCGCUCCCUCACACGCUUCUCAGACAAGGGCGUAAUCCCGCCUCUCAGCGCCGAACAGGUCGAAGCCCUGCGCGUGCUGGAAGAGACUGCGCAGCGGCUCGCCCUGCAUAUGGUGCUGGAGGUCGGCGAUAUCCAGUUCCUCGCAAACUCGCACAUUCUGCACGCGCGCACGGAAUAUAAAGAUUAUGCACCGCCGGCGCCGCGGAGGCAUCUGAUGAGAUUGUGGCUGGCGACGCCGGAGAGUGAGGGAGGCUGGAAGUUGCCGUAUUGGGAUAGUGAUGAGAAGAAGAGGGGCGGUAUUCAGGUCGAUGAUCAGCCGCCUGUUGCGCCGUUGGAUGCGGAGUGACGGUCUACCAUAUCUAUAUGAGUGUAAGAUGCAUAUUCCUGACUGGAAAAAUCUGGUUGUUCCAUACAUGUAGUAGGUACAUGUAUUAGGUACUCAAUACUCAAUUCUUGCUUGUAGCAAUUACAUAAAUGAAAUUGAAUUAUUUCCCGAUUAGGCAA